AGAAUUUUAACUGUCAGGUGGUGUUGUUUUUGCUAUACAAAAGAGCAAAAAAUCUUGAAUAAGAAUAAAAAUAUUUGCGUAUAUAGAAAAAUUAAAAAAAAAAUUUAGUUACAAAAGGAAAUUAAAGCAAAUUGUUUUAAAGAAAAUUUGCGGAAAAUUAUUGAUAAUAUAAAUUACAAUUAAAAAAACGCCGGUUAUUUGCUGAUAGUGUGCAGAAAAAAAAUGGCCAUAGCUCAACAUGAUAAUAUAUUUCUUUUCAUACCAAAUAUAAUAGGUUAUUGCCGCAUUGUUUUGGCUUUAAUAGCAUUUUGGUUUAUGUCCACUAAUUAUUUAGUGGCCGGUUGGUGUUAUGCAAUAAGCGCAUUAUUGGAUGCAGUGGACGGACAUGCUGCCCGAGCUUUUAAUCAGAGCACCCGUUUUGGUGCUAUGCUGGAUCAGUUAACCGAUCGUUGUGGUACCAUGGGUCUAUUGGUGACCUUAAGUUAUUUCUAUCCCUCCUAUAUGUUUUGGUUCCAACUGUCAAUGGCCAUAGAUAUUGCCUGUCACUGGCUGUAUAUGCAAACGAGCGUUGUUGUGGGCAAAACAUCACACAAAGCCACCGAUUUAAGUGAAAACAUAGUAAUGCGCUUGUAUUAUCAAAAGGAUGUCCUAACAUUUAUGUGCUGUGUCAAUGAAGCAUUUUAUAUAAGUCUUUAUGUUUUGCAUUUUACCACGGGACCCAUAAUUUUUGGUGUUUCUUUGUUUAAAAUGGCUGCAUUUGUUACCGCUCCCUUUGCUUUAUUGAAAUCCUUGAUCAGCUGCAUGCAUGCCUAUGUGGCCAGCGUUGAUUUGGCCAAUGUAGAUAAGCGUGAACGUUUGGAAAAAAUGGCCAAAGAGGCUAGCAAACGUUCGGAAUAAGUUAAUCCGAAAAGAAA